GGAGGAGGAGGGUGUGGGGGUUCGGGGAGGACUGUGGGAAAGGAGCGUGCCAUUGGAGGCAGAAGAGGAAUCUCUGUCUGUCUGUGUCCAUGUCUCCGCUCUGUUCCCGGCUUCAUUCCGACAAAGACCGUCAAUGUCCCGCCUGCUGUUCUACCUCUGGAUUUAAGUCGGCUGGAUUACCGCUCGGACUCUCAGCUCAUUAUUCCACGCUGCCACGUUUAAAUGGGAGGCAAAGUUGGACCUCCGUGGACUGCACAAAUGGUGACAAACAGUUUGAUUUUUCUUGUGCUUUUAAGAGCUUCCUAGCAUUCAAAAUGACCUCACUUUACUUCAGUAAAAGUGUUUUUAUAUGUAAAAUAAUUUGAGCUCCUUCUCUUUGGUAUUGUCUAUUUAACGUAGGUUAGUUAAUUUUUCAGCAUAAUAUCUAGAACUUGGCCGCUAAGGCAUAUUUUGGAGUGAAAUAUGAGUGGGGAAGAGGGGUAGAGAUAUGUCUCCAUCUUUACCUUUUCCAAAGUCAUUCAUUGGUUUUAGUUUACAUCUGAAAAUGUGACUAUGACACUUUUUUGUGCGUUCUGCUAGUGUCAGAUUUUUGUUUUUUGGUCAGCGUGGAGGCUUUACGUUGGACUGCAGGUGAACUUGCAUCUCUUCCAGUUCUUGCCUCUCCAAGGGAACCCUCAAACUAAACUCUUCCCUGUUAACCCACUUAGACGCUUGAUCUCCCCUGUGGGGGCUUCUCUAAAACGUCCGUCCUACUCUAGUUUUUAAGGGAAGCAAAAGUCAAACCAGCAAAGGGGGUACUAGGCAGAAAGACACCCCCCUCCCAAAGGUGAGAGGGGGGGAAGAUGGCAGCUCUCGCCAGCUCUCUCAUUAGACAGAAACGGGCGGUCAAGGACGACCAAGCCAACCGACCGGUAGCCAACAAGCGCAAGCCCUGUCCUAAGAGCAACAAGUCCCUGUGCCAGAAACAGAUCCUGGUUCUGAUCUCUAAAGUGCGACUAUGCGGGGGUCGAAAAGGUCGAAACGACAAAAGACCAGAGCCACAGCUGAAAGGCAUCGUUACCCGGCUAUACAGCCAACAUGGAUACUACCUGCAGAUGCAGCCUGAUGGCACCAUGGACAGCACAAGGGAUGAAAGCAGCUCAUUUUCACAGUUCAACUUAAUUCCAGUGGGACUGCGGAUUGUGGCAAUUCAGGGGGCAAAGACAGGGUUGUACCUCGCCAUGAACAGCGAAGGAUACCUCUAUACCUCGGAGCACUUCACUCCCGAGUGUAAGUUCAAGGAGAGUGUGUUUGAGAACUACUACGUAACAUACUCCUCCAUGCUCUAUCGCCAGACUCAGUCUGGCCGCUCCUGGUAUAUCGGUAUCAACCGUGAUGGCCAGGUCAUGAAGGGCAACCGGGUAAAGAAGACCAAGGGAGCCGCACAUUUCCUGCCAAAAGUUAUAGAAGUUGCGAUGUAUAAGGAACCUUCACUGCACGAGCUUGCCAGUGAACCAGUGAGUCCGCCUCGUAAGACGGUGAAGACGUCAGAUUCGCCGUCCCAAAAGAAUGGACGGAAAGAAGAGCCAAAGGCUGAUGCCUCAUAGCACAGGAGACUGAGGGCGGGACAAAGGGCAGCAGUGACACUGGGAACACAGUUGCCCAUUAAGCACUAAGCGUGGCUGAGGGAAUGGUCCUCACAGGCCACCACAUUCCAGAAGUGCGCUGUAAGAUGCUGAGGGAUAAAGGCCAGCAGACCAUCAGCAGCUAAGAAGGCCUGAGAGAGGAGUCACCCCCUCACCUGACACCACGGAAAGGAAGCCCAGGGUCCGAACCAGAACUACUAGUCCCUCCCCCUCCCACUGUUAGUCUCUUCCUCUGCCCCCUGUGACUUCCUAAUGCAGAGGCUCCUUCAUUUCCCUUUUAGACUCAAGCUUCUUUGUCCCACUGACAAUUUCAUCUUUUCUCACAUGUCUACCCACUGUCUGCUCUAUUGUACUGUAUAUUCACCACACAUGCAUUUGCAGCGCUGACUCGGCAUCAUAAUCCUCACCCAUGGGCCCCCUCUUGAGCCCUAAAGUUGGUGACAGUGUGGUUCAGCCAGCUUUCCACCCACCAUCUGCCUACCAGCUAAGCUAAUCACCAAGGUCAAGUAAAGCUCAAAGCGAGAUGAAACAGCUCAGAGAGGAAAGAAAUCUGCAGGAAGCCUGGGUCAGGUCAGGUCAGCAGAGCAAGGUGAGAGUAGGAGAAAGUGUGAAAAAUUAUUUUAAAAGUAGUUCAUGACACCGACACUAACAUGAAUUAUUUUCCUUUUUUUGGCUUGUUUUCCUUCUCAUCCUGUGAAAAAGAAAAUGGAAUUCAUAACAGUGCAGAAGGAAACAAUGCCUCUAAAAUAUGAUUAAGAUGCUAAUAAUGCUGAAAACAUGAUAUCAAAUCAAUAAAAAGGUGAUGAUACGAAUGUUAAUGAUGAAGAGCAUCAUGAUGGUGAUCAUGAUGCUCUUAAUAAUAAGGAUCAGGAUGUUUGAACUCCAGAGUGAAGGUUGUGAAGCUCACAAGAGAAGUACUGCCUGCAAAAGUAAAAAUAAAAUCAACUCUGUCUUGGGAAGAUGAGCCAUAAAAUAGAGCAUAAAUUAUUCAUUUUUAAUCCAAACUCUGAUUGAAAGGGUUAAAUUGUCUGAGCAAUAUAUUUACAAACAAGCCAGAAGAUAACAUUGAGUAAAAAAUAGAAAAAAAAAAAAAAAGAGUGAGUGAAUGAGUGAAAGAGUGAGUGACACCUUCUUUCUACCCUGGGAUCUCUACCAGGUGAUCACUAAUUAUUGCACUAGCUCGUUAAAGGCUACAAAUGAACAAGUGGGUCAUAUUUAAAAAAACCAGGGCGGAUCUGAACGCAGUCACCUGAAAAGGAGCGGUGGUGUAUACUUCACUCAGCAUCUGCUGUCAGAAUAAAGCCAGGUUUGAAGCCCAACAUCAAAGCCAGAGGAGCCUCUGAGCUGGAGCACUUGUUAUUCUGAGGAUGUCUGGCAGCUUAUCCACUCACUAGCUUUAUCAAAUCACCUUGGAAGAAUUGCCCUCAAAAAUGUAGUUGUCUGAGUGAAUGUCUCAGUGUGACUGUGUUUUAACCCUCGUGUGUGGAUGUCUUUUAGAGUAUGGAUGUACUGUAAGAUCCCGUGUGUGAAUGUGUGCCUGUACCAAGGAUAGAUAGAGGAACUGUGGGUAACCUCUACCGUGUCCUUCAGACAGAGCACAACAUUGUGUCUUUGAUAUAUUUGUAUCUGUGACUAGGUGAUGCUUCAUCUGUCUUGUGAGUGGUUUUCAUUGACUUCACAUUUAAAAUGGCAUGGAAGAGCAGUUCUGUGCAACUUCGCGGGGACUGACCUGGAAGGCUCGAAAUUAAUUUAACAUUUUGCUUUGCUGCGAUCAAUCAAUGUUUUGAAUCUAGCGAAUCUCUAAAAUUUUAGAAUAUUAUGCACUGACCCGACUGAAGUUAAGGCUUCUAAAUGGGAACCGUCAGGGUAUUUCAGUGCUGGCUGCCGUUGGGUGCUGUCUGCUCUGGUAAGCCACUGAGGGGGAAAAAAAAAAUGUCACCACAAUGUUCAGUCAAAGUGAAUGUGCAUGGAUACUGCCAACAAACACAGACAGCUGUGAGUCCUUUGCUAUGUCAGAAAGAGCAACGUUAAGAGAAGACAAACUGUUAAAAUGCUCAUUAUAUGGUUGCUAAAAAUCACAGAUAAAUCUAGGAGGUUCGGCGCAUUGACAAAGGCAUCUAAUUUUAAUGGUAACAUAAUGUGAAGACGGGUUACAGAAUGUGGAACGGAGGCUUUACGAAUGUGCUGCAUUGAGGGUGAAAAGCAAGUCUGAAAUUGUGUGCGGAAUUGCAAAGAGGUCAUCACAUGGAGGCGGUUAUUUAGAAAGAGUGAAGGAUUAGCAGGUGUAUUCUUGAAGAAUGUUGAUAAGGAAUUUCUGCAGCAAAGUAAGCAAGAAUCUUGGCAGGGUUGUAUGCGGCAUGUGGAUAUGAUAAUGAAUGUGAAACAAAGAGGCACGUAAGGCACUGUGCGCUAUUUAUGACUGGGGGUCUAUAGAGGAAAUUAGUUGGAGGGCUUUGCAUUUUUUUUUCCAUUAAGUCUUUUAAUUUUCUGGGCUUUUCCAGAGGGAAUAUCACUCAGUUCAAAUUUGGAUAUUUUGUCCUUGCAGCGGAUUUUGUACUGCAGACCUACAAAUCUCUAUUUUUGAAAAGCCAAUUCUCUGCCUCCCUGCUGAAUUUGGUACGGCCUAGUAUGGCUUAUAACUGUGCAUUACUAACAACUGUACAACAUCAAAGUGUCAUAUUUGUGUAUUUUAACGUUAAUAAGCCAUUCUAUGACAGGAAAGCAUAUGGGCAUGCAAAGGAGUGACAACAAAAGAAUCUUGCUUUCCAAAAUCUGACAUAAUUGCAAUUUUGUCUCUCUUUGUAUAAACAGUAAAGCUACAACUAAAAAUACAGGAGUACCAAAUCACUAAAUUUCAGAAACCAGCAAUUUUGGAGGUAAUUAAUCAUGAAAAAUAGUUGUAGAUUAAUCUCCUGUCGACUCACUCAUUGACUAAUUGUUGCAGCUUUACUUUACAGAGCAUUAGAGCAGACAGGAUGUAAGUAAACUUAUACAAAUAGCUCUCACCACUCUUUAAUAUACUUUAUCACUUUCCUUUCUUAAACAUCAGAGUAAAUCCAAAUUCCUCCACAGGUUUCACAGUCCUAAAGAGCAGCCAGUUCUUACUUGUGCACCACAGAAGGAUGUCACAGUAAGUUGUUCAGUUGUGAUCCUGCAAGUAGACAGGCAAGAAAGGAGAAUGUUAAGUAGUCCGAUGUCAAAUGUAAAGUGAGGAAGAUAGAAUGUAAGACAGCAAAGUGUUGACAGAAAAGUAUGUUUUCAAGAUGAAUGUGAAGAAAUACAGGUGACAGAAUGUUGCUGUGAAGUGAAACUACAGAGAUGCUUGAAUGUGAAAGUUAUGGGAGAAAGAGCAGCUGAAGGUGCUUGUAGAAAGUUCACCAUAGAGUACAAAAGAUAUUAAGAGGAUCCUUGUUAUUGCAGUUUGAAGGCGUCAGAAAGUGUUCCAUUUUUUGAGUAAGAUCACAUUUAUGGGUCGCCAGGUUUUGCAGAGCUAACAGUGAGGUGGUAACAUGGACAAUAAAAAAAAAACACUGAUGGAGUUUGUGCGCCCACUCAUGAGAGGUUUAAAGUUGUAAUCCCUGUCCUACACAGAUCUCCUCAACUAUAGUGUCUACAGCCCAUUAACGUUCUUUUCAAUAUUAUGUCGUCUACGUAGGCGUGUACUUAACUGUGUCUUCAUAAGGUCUGUGUGCGAGUGUGUAUCUAUGUGUAUGUGUUUGUGUGCAUCUAUGACUAAGAGUAAGGUAAGACAAGACCAAGAGACGAGGGGAAAAGAAAGGGCAUGAGAUUGAAACAAUGAUCGAUAGACUCAAUAAAACACAAACAAGAGAACAGCCACCCUGCGAUGGGUGCAAAAAUGUCCCCAAGGUCUGCCAAAGACAGCAAAAUCCAUUUGUUUAUAAUGAACUCAGAGGGCUGUUGUCCGAUUUCUACCUGUAAACUCACCAAACAAGCCACAUGGACGACAACAGAAAAAGGAAUUUUCUCAUUUCCUCAAGGCCUGUACACUGGGCCUCACAAAUAGUGUGAGUAUCAGCAGCCAUAGUGUCCUCUGAGUAACACGUCUGUUAAAAAAAAAAUAGUUCAGGUGCAUAACAUAAACCAACUCCCCAAACUUUAAAUUACUGGAAAACUGGAAGCACAUUGCACCUUGCAGGCACUGGGCAUUGCUUAAAACAUCUGAAAGUUACCUGGCUGUCUCGAAAAUGCUCUGAAAUCAUUAUGACAAACAGGAAAUCCCUGUACUCUAUCAAAGGUAGUGGCACCAACAGGCAAUAAUGAAUAUUUCACAGCAGCUAAUUCAUCACAAUCAUUUGGGAAUUAAAAGCUUUAUUUCACUGUACAACAACUACUAACAAACAGGGAAAUCUUUGGAACAAACCCAGGUAUCAUUUCAUUUCAAGUGUAUCAUAAAGAACUAACAAGGCAUUUUAAUCACACUGAAUGCUGUAGAAUAAAACGGUGUUUGUCCAUGCACUAUAUGAGCUAUGCAUCUUUUGAUUUUUACAUUUAACACAGUCUGCAUGCAUGAUAUAUUGUCUUUCUUUAAUCAGGCUCAUAAUAUUCUGUUCCUUUUGUAAUUUAUCAAAAAACAAAUAUAUGAUCCAACUGAACUGAAUAAGCUGCUCAUCCCUGUCCAGACACGGUUCAGUCCAGUGUAUUAUUCUCACAUGCUGUGCUUGUUUGCAGUCAGAGUUAAUGCAUCACUGCAAAUGCAGACGUACCAAUGCGUUUCAGCUGUAUUCAAAAUACUUAAAUGUGGGCUUUGUUAAAUUAUAGGGUAAAUCUAUGUAUAACUAGCACCCUCUAAUGGUUGUUUCUUCAAGGUAGCACUCUUUAUGAAGGGCAUAAAGACAAACAGGUCUGAAGGCAGAAUUUCAAUGUACAGUUUCAGUGAAUUUACUGUGGUGAGUUAUGGUCAUGUUUUCACACACAAUUUUAAAAGCAGUGCUUUACUCGCAAUUUUUUUUGUACAAUUUAUCUGGAGGUUUAGCUGUUAACAUCAAGCUCUAAUUAGAUGAUAAUGCGCUCAUUACAGCUACCUAAUGUGGUUAUGAUGCCUUGUUAUGCUUUAUGUGCAAAAAGUCAAAAUGCAGCGGCUUCUAGCAUUUCAUGAACGCUCUCUUAUUGAAUUAUUUGAUUAAAUGCAGCUCACAAAAAAUAGUUAAUGGAAGAUUGCACUACUUGGUGAAAAUAGAACAGAAAAUCGGAUAAACAAAACAAUGCAUGGAAUGAAACAGACUUUUAUGUAUUGUGCUAUAAAUCCUGCCUCUCUUGUGAAAACGUAUUUUCUUGCAAAACCUAAGUGGGGUUAAAAACUAUGGAGCUAAUUUUUGGGGACUAUUCAUGGGAACUGAAUAACUCAAAACCCAUCAAAUAUGAAUUAUAAAUCAGCCCUUAAAUUAUAGCAGUAGCACAAAACGGAUGUGUGCCAUGCUGACAAUUCUUAAGUUUUAAAUAUUCAAAGCGAGAUACUUCAACAGAAGUUGAGCUUCAGCUGCAACACUGUUCGUGAAUAUUGCUAAUUAAACAAGCAAAGUGCAGAAAGCAGAAGCCAUUUAUUUUGAACUCGCGGAGUAGUUUUGCUGCUACAGCCUAAUAUUUCUCCUGUGUGAGUGACUACUUUGAAGAAUGUUAAAAAAAAAAGUGAGCAAUCUCUAUGCGGUGCUGCAGUAUGCUUCCGGGAAACAAACCCGUGUGCGGAAGGCCUACAUGUAUGGAAGGAUGCCAGUUUAAGUGUUUGUUAUGUCAGUAAUACAGUUAUUGUAUAUCAGAUGUACUAUAUCAGGUCUUUUUUCUCAAAGAUGUAAUUAAUAUCUGUUCAUGUUGAUUAUUUUUUAUUACUGUUAAGUUGUUUUACCUUGUCAUGUUUCCUUUCUAAUGUAAAACCCUCAGGAGGAGGAAGAAUUGUUGUUCCUAUUUCGUGUGUUUUGUCUUUGGUCAGCAGCGUUUUGUCCACAAUGAUGUGAACCUUAAGUGAAAUUCACCCAAACUGAAUCCCACUGUGCAACUGAGAUGUGUGUUAAUGAAAGAUACAGUGUAUUUAAGUGAAAACAGCAGGAGAACAAUUCCUAAAGCUGACACGUUUCCUGUCAUCAUGACCUUGGUGGUCUCAGAGUUACAGUCACGCAAGUCUUCCAGAAAGUUCCCGCUAUUGCUUUUUCCUACUCUUACAGACUCUUCUCUCUCGUAAGCCAAUCUCCUCGUCUUCCGAAAAACUUACACUUUAAAAAAACAAAACAAUAAAAGACCAAAAAAAAAAAGCCAUAACUAAAACUGGGCCUUGGCACUGACUAGCCACAGAGAGCAGGCCUGACUCCUCAGGCACCUCCCGAGCGUUACCAGGGAUUCAGACACAUGUUGGACUCCUUACAAUAAGAGCCAAAACAAGUAGCAGGAUCAUACCGGCUUUUCUGAACACUCAGAGAAGCGGCAAAGAAGGAAUGAAGACCAGCAAUAUGCAACGAGAACUACCAGCCUGCACUCAAGGAGGGAAAACAAAUCCAACAGAUAAACUGCAAUCAGGAUUUGCAGGCUACAAAGGCAAUCUGGUCUGCAAUAAUAACAACUAAUUGUCCAGACUGACAUGGGACUUUUUUUGUUUUUCUUUGCAAAGCAUGCAUACAUCAGUGUUUUUUGGCUCUUUAGGGAUGACUCCCUCUCAGUAUCUACAGUCACAAGUGCUCGAUUCACCCUCUCUCCAUGUUUGCCAUCAGACCUGUGUACAUUUCUACAAUAACUCCUACAUGAAUUGAAAGGAGAUGUCUUAUUCUGGAAUAUUAUUCAAUAAAAUAACAUAUAUUUGUAUGAUUGUAA